GUCAUGCAUUUCCUUUCCAAGAUCGGUCCUGAUUUACCCAUCAACGCCCUUGCUGUUAACGCUAAGGAUAAUACGUGUGCUGACAGAUGUAACCGCCUCAACUUGGCGGUUUUUAACAGUCUGUCUCACACUGACUCCAAGGUUAAGAAUGUUUGUGAUGUACCACUAUUCCUGACAAAAUCGAGUCUUUCUAAAACAAAAUGUGGAAAGAUAUUUGAAAGCUUUAGACAACGCCUUGGGGUAUCGACUGAGUCCGGUGAUGUGCUAAUCUUCCUGAAGAACACAGUUAUGAAUCCCUGGACAGCGGCUGACGCCACAAUACAGAUGCUUCUACAGGAAUUCCGAAACGUUGUUACUCAGUGCAUUACAGAGAUUAACCUGUCUUAAAGAAUACCAACAUCGAUGGAAAACAUUCCCUCAUCGAGAUAUCAUGAAAGAAAGGAAGACGUGUCACUUUAAUGGCACUUUUCACGUUUGCAUGCCUGAACACUGUUUCAUCUCCUACUUACACUAUGGACAUAAACGUUAUUGUGUAAUCAAGAUAAA